AUGCACUCUGCUCUAUUUGACACGUUUCGACGAUUUGAUGAUUUACGGUGUGAAUAUGAAGAGGCACGCGUGGAGUGGCUAGCAAAGGCGGACAUUGGCUUGCUCGCUACAGCGCAAGCGGCCGAAGCGAUUGACGAAGCGUUGUCUGUAAAGUUGAAGAAUGUGGAUGAAAUGCUCUCGAGGUUUUCUGCGGAAAUGGAGGCGACUCACCAAGACCUUAAUCGCAACAUUGAUACACGUCGUGCACAAGCUGCGAAUAUCUUACUGCGGGCAAGAAUUCAAAUGGAGGUCGUACGUUUGAUGGAGAUGAAGAUACUACUCCCCAAGGAAUUGUGGAUGCCAGAGAGUGCUAUCCUCCUACAGCUCGACGAAAUCUUACUCAGAUCGCAAAGUGACGGUGAUACCAGUGACUUACAAGCCCUUCAGAGGGCUUCGUUGCAGAUCUUGUCACGCGUCUUUUGUCGCUUUCUUCAGCCUACGAAUUGA